CGAGCACUUCGCGGGAGUGAAAGCAACUUGCUGUCAUCAGAAACCUACAGCUUCAUCUUCACGAGCGCACCUAACUGCCGACCUGACAAAACCGACGCAGCCUUUCCUUCCUCCUGCUGCGGAAUAACAUGAGCGGACGUCUGACGAGGUGUUUUUAAAGCACGACACGCAUCCGGUGUCAAGAGCGUCGCAAACCUGGAAUAACAUCUGAACGUCGCCGACUUCCAACCCGUUUUAAAGGCAGUAUCUGGUAUGGCCCGUCCAGAGAUGGAAAGAAGGGCGGGUGAUCGCAGCCCCGGAGCUCCAAAUGGAGGAUGUAGGAUGGAGGUGCUGCGGCAGGACGCCUGGCCCUGCCACCGGCACCGAACCAUCGCUACACAAACCAGCACUGUCUUGCCACCGCUAACCCAAGUCCCCACACAAGAUGCCUUCAGCUCGGACAGCGUCCCGCAGCAGGACAAUCCACUCAGGGAUAACACAGGUGCAGAACAGGAACUCUCCAGCUCGAGAGAAAGGCAGCUUCCCCUGCCCGAUCUGCUCCCAGACAGCCACAGCUCGUCCGAAGACUCGACGUCCAGCAGCUCCACGGCCGAGGACGAUCCCAGGCUGGAGGAGGAGGCGGUAGAGAGGGUGGCCCUACAGCUGAGGACCAUCGGAGACCAAAUGAACGCCGUUUUCCUCCAGAGGAAUGCCGUCCCACGCUGGCAGAACUGGAGAGGCCUGUACCACGGGCUCUUUGCAUUCGUCGCCGACACCAUCAAUGCCCUUUACCAGCACGGCCUCAGAUAAACAGACGGGUUACGUCACAGGAAGAGUGCGGGCGCUCUCCUGCCGACCACUUAAAGACUCCGGGACUUUUCUGCAGGAUCAGAUGUCGUGUUUAUGGUUUUUUUUUUUUGUACAUCUUUUCCCAUGGAUUCUCAUGUAGCAUUAGUGACUGAAGCGUGUGUCCCGAUAUAGACGUCAGUGGGAGCAUGUGGCUCUCGGUGCAUUUGCAUCAAACUCUUUUGCAUCUUUAACUGCAAUGCUGGGAAGUUUCAUCAAUCCGGGCUGCUCUCAAGCAAACCAAUUGAUUAGAUCUGCGUAGCGCCUCGGGCCCAGAAGUGCUGUGCCGUGUCGUGGGUUCUCCUCUCAGCUGCCUUACAGGAGCAAUAACUGCGCUGCACUAUCAGUCGCCACUGACCCGCACACCAUUAAUGGAAAAUGGGUGAUAAUCGAGAUAAUGGUAUGCUCACGCACUAUACUAAUGGAGCACAGUUGGAUCGUGCCUUGCUAGCGCUGAUUUUCAGCUCUUUGUGUACUAAAGCCAUCAGGGACAAUCACUGGAUGGUGUGUGGGUCAAGCGAACCUGUUGCCCCCAUCUGAAUCUAUACUUCGGGACACAAAUUUGCCACUUAAUUCAAAGAUUGGUCUUCCUCCAAUGGAGGUACAGGAGUGAGGCUGGAAGCCUUGUGGGAAAGCCAGACCACUAGUUAUUGAAAUGGCUGGAGAGCAGUGUUAAUAUUUGUAUCAAUUACAAGUGUACAUAUUUUUUUGAGGAAGAAAGGACAGGAUGGAAUAAAAUUGGAGGUUUGUUUUUUAUGUGGUUUGUAUAUUUUGAUGAAAUGACCUUAAAGUACUUAACAUUAAGUUCCUCUUUUUCAGUUUCUGUUUAUUGUUUUUGCUCUUCGAAUAGUUUUUUUGGACCAGCACUGGAAAGCAGUUGUUUUAAAAUCCAGUGGAUUUCUGCUUAUUUGCAAUUUAUUUGAUUAGAUUUAAAUGUAAAAAAAAAAAAAAAUCCCCAUAAAAAUGUACCUUGCGCAUAGAAUUCUCAAGUAAAUAUUUGAGAAGCACAAGCUAAUUUAUUUUGUAUGUCCAUCUUGGUUAUUUUGAUGAUUGUUAUAGACAAAAAUGUUCGGCGAUGAGCAAGUGGAUUGAAUAAGCAUGGAGAUAUUCAUUAGUGUUGUGUUUUACGGACCAAAUAUCUCUGUAUCUUAUUUGUCAACGUUCCCCUUUAAUUUGUUACAUAAAUCCAUUCAUAUUUUUUUUUCUGCUCUAAUUUAUUUGUCUACAUUAAGGACUAAACUGAGCCAAAAUUCCAUGAUACUUGAACAGACGUGUUCUCUAUGAAUCAACGUGUCAGAUCCAGGUCUUUCUGGGAUUUUUACAGAUACAUAACACUGUUAGGGGUUUCAAGCACUUCCUUUAGAAACCACAUUUAAAAAAACUGUGGCAAGUCAGUGGGAAAACUCUUUAAACCACUCACAUUUCUGCUUGCUUUGGCUUUGUAAUAUCGGUACAGAAUUCUCAUUGCAUAUUGUGGAGCAGAGAUGUCUUUCCUGUGGCUGCCUGUCUCAUGACUUCCUGUAAAAGUUGUGUGGUCUCUUUCCUGUGGCCACCUUGUGACUUCUCAUCGAUACAUGCGUUCUCCGAUGCAGAAAGGCCUUAUUUGUACUGUCAGAUUUACACUAAACUCAUGUCGCUCAUUUUCUAGCUUUGUACUUUUGCCAUUUGAAAUUUUCUAUGUAAAAUUUCUAUAUGAAUUUUGUAUUGUUUUUUUUUCCUUACCAUUUUCAAUAAAUAUGACAAUUUCAACAGUG